GGGGGAGAGCGGCGCAGGCACAAGACGCACGAGUUUAAGUUAGGGGGAAACAGCUGAUUUAGAUUUUCGUGUCUGACGGAGAAACUUUAAAGAGUUCAAAGUAGAAUUGGAAUUGCGACAAGUACAACAAAUUGUCGUGUUAGCCUGGAUCAACUUUUAAUGAUUCCGACCAUCGGAGCUACUCUUCGGGGCUAAUCUUGAGCCAGAGAAGUCGCCUGUUCGUCGAACGUUGUGACGUUUCGCAACAACAGCUGACGGGAUCAUUUGUAUGAUCAAGAGGAUGGCAGGCUCGGCACUCAGACGACUGAUGGCAGAGUACAAACAGCUAACCUUGAACCCACCAGAAGGCAUCAUCGCCGGCCCAAUUAACGAGGAAAACUUCUUCGAAUGGGAGGCUCUUAUUACUGGACCAGAGGGAACAUGUUUUGAAGGUGGAGUGUUUCCAGCGAAAUUAAUAUUUCCCCCAGAUUAUCCAUUAAGCCCUCCAAAAAUGCAGUUCACCUGUGAAAUGUUUCAUCCCAAUAUUUAUUCAGAUGGAAGAGUCUGCAUAAGCAUACUGCAUGCACCCGGUGACGAUCCAAUGGGUUAUGAAAGCAGUGCAGAAAGGUGGAGUCCAGUGCAGAGUGUGGAAAAGAUACUAUUGAGUGUAGUAAGCAUGUUAGCUGAACCAAAUGAUGAGAGUGGUGCCAAUGUGGACGCUGCCAAAAUGUGGAGAGAAGAUCGCAAGGAAUUUGAGAGGAUAGCUCAGAAGCUGGUGAGAAAGACUCUGGGUAUUCCACCUUAAAAUUGAAUUUUCUUCUGAAAAAGAAGAGAAAAAAAAUGAAAACUUGGGAAUUACAGUACAUUUGUUAUUUUUAUCGGUCGAUAGCAUUCCUAGGAAAUAAUAAAUUUCUAUCUAUUCGCCAAACAAAUCUCUUCUGUACAAAUAAUUCUUCACAUGUUCCAUCGAUCAUUUGUACACGGAAAUAUAUAUUACCCUGUCGUAAAUUUUACACCUAUAAAAUUUUGGUUUUUGACACUUUCAUGUAAAAAUCAAAAAUGUUAAUUUCAAAAAAUGUUUAUUUUCAACAUUGCAGUACAAACAUGGGUAAUCAAAUACAUACGCGAUUAUCUCAUACGCUUACAUGUAGUACCACACAUUUCACUGUGACAAACCGAUAACGAAGGACAGGAUUUGUUUCUUGUGUUCGGGUGCGUGAUUAACGUUAAAGAUAUAUAUUAGUAUUUAAAAUUAUCAACUGAUCCCAUAAAUUACCCUACGGCGAUGUUAAAGUAAUUAUCACAUUCGCAUAUGGUGUUACAUUAUUCGCAUGUAAAUGUAUAUCGGCGAAAACGCAUUAUCAAUUAAUGUAUUCUUUAAUAUUCACAAGGAGAAAAAUGCAUUAAAUAAAUAUAUUUAUAAUA